UCUACGUUCACAGCAUCACUCGAGGGAUCAUCCAGCUCCAAUUUCACUCUAGCUUUCCUCUCUCCAUUCUUCCACCCUCCUCGACCUCCAUCAUACCUCUUAUCAACAUCCUUUUUCUAUCUUGUUCCUUUUUUUCCAAACUCUUCGUGACUUUACUUCUAUCUCAUAAUGCCUGAAGUCCCCACUCUCCACCCUGAGGUCACGUGGGCCCAGCGGUCGUCGUCCACUGAGGCCGAGCGCAACUACCUGUACGUCGACAUCAAGGCCCCCGACGUCGACAAGUCCGGUGCCAAGUUGUCCAUCACCUCGACCAACGUCUCGUUCUCGGGAUAUUCCAAGAAGGGCGUCAACUACGAUGUCUCCCUCGACCUGUACGGCGAGAUCGACACCGAGCACACCAAGGUGAACCACAAUGACCGUGAGGUGGAGCUGGUUCUGCGGAAGAAGGAGCUUAAGGAGGAGUACUGGCCCCGUCUGCUCAAGUCGACUCAGAAGGCCCAUUUCCUGAAGACCGAUUUCGACAAGUGGGUUGAUGAGGAUGAGCAAGACGAGCAACCCGAGGAUGACUAUGCGAACAACAUGGGUGGCAUGGGUGGCAUGGAGGGCAUGGGCGGCGACCAGGGCGGUCUUGGAAACAUUGACUUCUCCAAGCUCGGUGGCAUGGAAGGUCUGGGCGGCAUGGCCGGUAUGCCCGGCAUGGGUGGCAUGCCCGGUAUGGGUGGUAUGCCCGGCAUGCCCGGCGCUGAGGGCGCUGGUGAGGAGGAUGAUGACGAUAUGCCGGAGCUCGAGGAAGCCGAGAAGGACGAGGGCUCGGCCAAGUCCAAGAUCCAGGAGGUGUCUUAGAUGACGAUGAAACGAUGAUGGGCAAUAUUCGUAGUUGCAGGAACCGUGACGCAUGACUCAAAUAAGAAGUCAAUGAAAAAUCCUUGAAAAAAGCGGUGUUAUCGACGAGGCUGCCGUGCGUUGUGAUAUUCGGAUGUUCUGGCUGGCGAGUGCUAGUUUUACGCUGCUGCCGACAUUUGGCCGGCACAUGAGGUAGUACAUUAUUGGGUUGAAUAGCCCGUUAUGAAUAAUAACGACGAGUAUUCAUGGCUCGUUCGUUCGUUCCCUUA